AGGCCGCCGCAUGGAGUAGCAGUGCCGGCCGCUCCUCAGUCACUCAUUCACUCCAGCGACCAGCCGGCUGGGCCCGCGCUCCAGUCUUCGCGGCACUUGCCUCCUGCUUGCGCGGCGCCCCCCCACUAUGUACGAUUAUGACCAGAUGACCGCCUUCCUGGGCGAGUGGGGCCCCUUCCAGCGCCUCAUCUUCUUCCUGCUCAGCGCCAGCAUCAUCCCCAAUGGCUUCAAUGGGCUCUCCGCCGUUUUCCUCAUCGACACCCCCGAGCACUGGUGCCGGGUGCCUGCCAGCGCCAACUUAAGCAGUGAGUGGCUGAAUGUCAGCAUCCCUCUCGAAAAGCGAGACGGGCUGCAGGUGCCCAGCCGGUGCCGCCGCUACCGCCUCGAGGCCCUGGUCAACUUCUCCGCCCUGAACCUCCAGCCUGGCCGCGACGUCAACCUCAGCCAGGUGGAGCAGGAGAAAUGCCUGGAUGGCUGGGAGUACAGCCGCGACCCCUACCUCUCCACCAUCGUCACCGAGUGGAAUCUUGUGUGUGACAAUGACUGGAAAUCACCUUUGACUACCUCUUUGUUUUUUGUGGGCGUAUUGGUUGGAUCUUUCAUAUCUGGACUACUCUCAGACAAGUUUGGUAGGAAGAAUGUGUUGUUUGCAACAAUGGGAGUCCAGACUGGCUUUGGCUUUUUCCAGGUCUUCUCAACAAGCUGGGAAAUGUUUUCAGCACUCUUUCUUAUUGUUGGAAUGGGACAGAUCUCUAAUUACGUGGCUGCAUUUGUGCUUGGCACAGAAAUUCUUGGCAAAUCAGUCCGCAUUAUAUAUUGCACAUUAGGUGUUUGCAUAUUUUAUGCAUUUGGCUACAUGUUGCUGCCAUUGUGUGCUUACUUCUUCAGAGAUUGGCGGACUCUGCUUCUGACUCUCACUUUACCAGGGCUGCUGUAUGUUCCACUGUGGUGGUUCAUUCCAGAGUCCCCUCGGUGGCUGCUCUCUCAAGGAAGGAUUCAGGAGGCAGAAGCCAUAAUUCAGAAGGCUGCAAGAAAGAAUGGCGUUCAAGCCCCAGAGGUCAUAUUUGAUUCUAUUGAGCUGCAGGAUUUGAAUUCUCAGAACCAACAAUCAUACAACGUUUUGGACCUAGUGAGGACCCGAAAUAUUAGAUCGAUCACUAUCAUGUCUGUGAUCCUAUGGAUGGUCAUUUCCGUAGGCUACUUUGGCCUUUCUUUGGACACUCCUAACUUGCAUGGAGACAUCUAUGUCAAUUGCUUCCUCUCAGCAGUCAUUGAAGUACCAGCAUAUACCAUGUCUUGGCUGCUUCUCCGAAAACUACCCCGCCGGUAUUCAAUGGCAGGAGUCUUGUUCUUAGGCGGAUGCGUUCUUCUCUCCAUUCAGUUGGUGCCUGCAUACCUCCAUCUGGUAUCCAUUAUCCUGGUGAUGAUUGGAAAGUUUGGGAUCACAGCCUCCUUCUCAAUAGUUUAUGUCUACACUGCCGAGCUCUACCCAACAGUUGUGAGAAACAUGGGAGUGGGUGCCAGUUCAAUGGCUUCCAGAUUUGGCAGUAUCCUCUCACCUUACUUUGUAUAUCUUGGUGCCUAUGAUCGAUUUCUUCCCUACAUCUUAAUGGGGAGUUUAACAGUCUUAACAGGAAUCCUGACUCUGUUUCUCCCAGAAAGCUAUGGCACACCUCUUCCAGAGACAAUUGAACAGAUGCUUAGGGUUAAAGGAAUUAAAUAUAAAAAUACAUCCAAAACCAAAAGGAAUACAAAGAAUGAAGAAAAUGCAGUAAUUCUUAAAACAACAUCUUUCUGAUGGAACUACACUAUAUGCAACUGAAAAGUACCAAGACAUUUCCUAUAAUUUUCCUCUGGAAAGGGCUAAUGGAAAUGCUUUGUCCUAUAAUUAUGAACUUAUUUAUUAAAACACUUCAGUACAUUCGUUUUUGUGAAUGUAGAUACUGUAUAUCCCAUUAUGGGAUCUCCGCCAGCUAGAUGGAACUACAUAGGAGAUCAAAAUGUCUGUUUGCCCACAGUAGGUUUGAUACCCACAUUUUUUAUAAGAUACAGAUCAAUGCAGUGACUUUGUUCUUCUGUGCACGUAUGCAAAAGGUGAAAGGUGUUCAGAGGUUAAAUAUUGUCACAGAUCACCUGAGCAAAGGCACCCAACUGGGGAUAUUGGUACCAGUUGCUACAAAAAAGUUUACACGUGCCAUGAUGUGAAAACAUCAAGAUUAUUUUAAGAAGAUAUGAAACAGAA